AUGACCGGCGGCGGAUCGUCGGGGAGGUUACCGACAUGGAAAGAGAGAGAAAAUAAUAAGAGAAGAGAGAGAAGACGGAGAGCUAUUGCUGCUAAGAUCUACUCAGGUCUUCGAGCUCAAGGUAACUUCAAGCUUCCUAAACACUGUGAUAACAACGAGGUUUUGAAAGCUCUUUGCUCUGAAGCUGGUUGGAUCGUUGAAGAAGAUGGAACUACGUAUCGAAAGGGAAGUAAAAGACCACUACCGAAUGAGAUUGGAGGAACUCCGCCAAAUAUGAGUGUUUGUUCUUCGAUUCAACCAAGUCCACAAUCUUCAUCGUUUCCGAGUCCACAAUCGUCUUCGUUCCCGAGUCCGAUACCAUCCUAUCAUGCAAGUCCAACAUCAUCGUCUUUCCCGAGUCCGACUCGAAUGGAUGGAAUUACAAACCACUCUUCAUUUCUCUUACCAUUUAUUCGCAACAUAACUUCUAUCCCUACGAAUCUUCCACCCCUUAGGAUUUCCAACAGUGCUCCGGUUACCCCACCUCUUUCUUCUCCAAGAAGUUCGAAGAGAAAAGCAGAUUUUGAAUCCAUCUCUAAUGGUUCCUUUAACUCGUCCUUUCGCCACCCUCUUUUUGCUACCUCUGCACCGUCAAGUCCCUCGCGCCGUAACCACUUACCCCCAUCCACCAUUCCGGAAUGUGAUGAGUCAGAUGUUUCAACAGUGGACUCUGGUCGAUGGGUUAGUUUUCAGACAACAACUGCCCAUGGUGCAGCACCUCCUUCCCCUACUUUUAAUCUCAUGAAACCAGUAAUGCAGAAGAUCACUCCCCAGGGUUCGAUGGAUAUGAUUCAUAUGAAUGAAGGCAUGCAAUGGACUUCAGGUUCAGCUGCUGAGAGAUGUAGAGGCUCAGAUUUUGACUUUGAAAAUGGCAGAGUUGUGAAGCCGUGGGAAGGUGAGCGAAUUCACGAGGUAGGAAUGGAUGAAUUGGACCUUACUCUGGGAUUCGGUAAGGCCUGA